UUUCCAUUUUUUAAGAGGCUUCCAUAGAGUGGGAGAAAGAGCUCUCGCUCUGGAGAGUGUGUCCCUGCGAAACCCUAGAAUGGAUAGGUCUUCUGAGAAAGAGAAAUCGAACAGACGAAGCAGGGAGUCCACCAAGGAUCACAGAGAUCGCAAUCGUGAUAAUCGCGACAGCCGCGAAAAUCGAGAACACAAGCACCGUUCCAAGGAAGACGAUGAGGAUCACCGCCAUCACCACAGCGGCGGCGGCGGCGGCGGCGACAAGCACCGAAGUGAGAAACGUUCUUCCAGAGACGAUAGCAAGCACCGCGACGCCGAUCGCCACCGAUCCUCCGAUCGGGGAUCGAAGCGCGAGAGGUCGCACGAGAGGGAGGGCAGUAGAGAUAGGGUUGCCGACGAAGAGGUGAAGAGGGAGAGGGAGGGGGAGAGGUCUCAUGAUUCGGCGCAUCCGCAUAAGAGGAAAGAGCGCGGGGAGAGUGAGGACAGGGGCGAUGGCGGUGAGAAGAGGAUUAGGGUUUCGAUGGAGAGGAGGGAGAGGAGGCGGUUCGAGGAUAGGGUUGAGGAUGUGAAGGAAUCGAAUGGAGUUGAGCGGAGAGAGAGGAGGAAGUUCGAGGAUAGAGUCAAGGAAGAAGAUUUGGGAGGUUUUGACGAAGUUAAGAAUGUGAAUUUUGAUGAGAAAAGUGUGAAGAAGGAAGAGAGUGAGGAGCUUGGUGAUGCCGCAUCUAAUGGGAGUGGUUCAAUUGGGAAUGGUGUUGUUCCGGAACCACUCAAUAUGGCACCAAGGCUUGUACCUGAGACCUCCUUGGCCCCUAGUCUCCCUCCUCCUACCAAGGUAUCUUCAAUUUCUACCACAAAUGAAAAUAAGGGAGUUAGUAUUACCAGAUCUCAUGAGGUUCCUGGAAAAUCUAGUACAGAUGGGACAACUUCAGCUGCUGGAAAAAGUGGAAACCUAUCCCUUGAUGCUUUAGCAAAAGCUAAGAAAGCUUUACAGAUGCAGAAGGAAUUGUCAGAAAAGCUUAAGAAGAUUCCCCUGUUGAACAAGGGUGCUAGCUCAAGCUCAGACGGUAGCCCACAGUUGAAACCUAAGGAAGAGGUUACAUUGCCAUCUUCUACUACUGGAAAACUGCUUGGGUCUGUCCCCUUAACUACUGCCACUGAGGCUGUCUCCCUGGUGGCAAUGCCAAGCACAUCAACUUUACCUGCUGCUGCAGCAGCUUCUGUGAUGCCGUCUGCAAGUGGCGUUGGUGCUCUUGCUGGGCUUACAUCCAUGCCCAACUUUGAAGCUGUAAAACGUGCUCAAGAGCUUGCUGCCAAGAUGGGAUUUCGCCAGGACCCAGAGUUUGCUCCUCUUAUAAACAUGUUUCCUGGGCAGAUGCCAACAGAUGUUGCAGUCCAGCAGAAGCCUGCUAAGGCCCCUGUACUUCGCUUGGAUGCAUUGGGUAGGGAGAUAGAUGAGCAUGGAAAUGUAGUUAAUAUGCCUAAGCUAAACAAUCUCAGCACCCUAAAGGUCAACAUCAACAAGCAGAAAAAGGACGCAUUCCAAAUUCUUAAACCUGAAUUAGAUGUGGAUCCGGAGUCAAAUCCUCAUUUUGAUUCAAGGAUGGGUAUUGAUAAAAAUAAGCUUUUGAGGCCUAAGAGGAUGAAUUUUCAGUUUGUAGAGGAAGGUAAAUGGUCAAGAGACGCAGAGAUUAUUAAGUUAAAGAGUCAAUUUGGAGAGGCACAAGCAAAAGAGCUAAAGGCAAAGCAAGCACAGCUGGCAAGGGCCAAGGCAGAGCCUGAUAUAAAUCCAAAUUUGAUAGAGGUAUCGGAAAGAGUUAUCAUCAAAGAAAAACCAAAGGACCAAAUUCCUGAAGUUGAGUGGUGGGAUGUGCCUUUUUUGCAUUCUGGAACUUAUGGCGACGCUGACAGUGGUAUAACUGAAGAUAAACUAAAGAUGGACAAGAUCACUAUAUAUCUGGAACACCCGCGUCCUAUUGAGCCUCCUGCUGAGCCUGCUCCACCCCCACCUCAACCCCUAAAGCUAACUAAGAGGGAGCAGAAGAAACUCCGAACACAGCGGCGUCUGGCAAGGGAGAAAGAUAGACAGGAAAUGAUAAGACAAGGCCUCAUUGAACCACCAAAACCAAAAGUUAAGAUGAGCAAUCUCAUGAAAGUUCUUGGCUCUGAAGCAACCCAAGAUCCCACCAGGCUUGAAAUGGAAAUUCGAAGUGCAGCUGCUGAGCGUGAACAAGCUCAUGUUGACAGGAAUAUUGCACGCAAGCUCACACCGGCUGAACGCCGGGAAAAGAAAGAAAGGAAACUUUUUGAUGACCCAAAUACACUGGAGACUAUAGUUUCUGUGUACAAGAUUAAUGACCUUUCACACCCUCAGACCCGUUUUAAGGUUGAUAUUAAUGCCCAAGAGAACCGUUUGACUGGAUGUGCUGUGAUUUCAGAUGGUAUUAGUGUUGUGGUUGUUGAAGGUGGGAGCAAACCCAUCAAAAGGUAUGGGAAGCUUAUGCUUAAGCGUAUAAACUGGGCAGCAGCUGUGGAAAAUGAAGACGACGAUGAAGAUGAAAAUGAGAAGCCUCUCAACAGUUGUGUGUUAGUAUGGCAGGGAAGUGUGGCUAAACCAAGCUUCAAUAAGUUUAAUUUUCACCAGUGCAGGACUGAAGCUGCAGCACGGAAAGUUUUUUCUGAUGCUGGCGUGGGUCACUAUUGGGAUCUUGCUGUUAACUUCUCAGGCGACCAAAUAUAAUUCAACAAGCUGCUUUCAAGAAAGCACCGCCCAUACAUUUGAGGAUCAUUUUUUGAAUUGAGCUGCUGUAGUUCCAUAUUUUGGUGCGGUGAUUGGUAAGUGAAUCGAGUUUUGUAUUGACUAGUUGAUGCAACUUUUAAACUGUAUGAGAUGAUAAGAAAUGAUGUUUUUUUAUUUCAUAUAUAUUUGAUCCCCCUACCCAUGGGCCUGGAACAAAAUUGAUCCAGCAGGAUCAACCUUAUAUGCAUAAUUCUGCUGUUAGGUCAUUGGGGCAUGUGAAUUGCAUUCUGAUUUUACAAUCUAUUGAGACAAUUUUGUAUCUGGGUAGCAUUUAGUCCUACCAUCUAUUCUAUUACUUGAUAUGGAUGCCUGUAUAUUUGCUUUA